GCCAGCUGAUUCACCACCUCGCGAUCUUUCCUAUUUUGCGCAUAAUAACCUUGACAGCCACCGGAGAAGACUGCCACGUGUAUAAAAACUCAGGCAAGACAGUCAAGAACCUCAAGGCAGUCUGUCAAAAAGCUCAAACUUGUCAAUCAGCCAAAAAAAGAGGAAGAAGAAGGGGCCAGCUGAUUCACCACGCGAAGUAGUGGCGAUCCUUUUUAUUUUGCGUAUAAUAUCCUUGACAGCCACCAAAGAAGACUGCCACGUAUAUAAAAAACUCAAGCAAGACAGUCAAGAACCUCAAGGCAGUCUGUCAAGAAGCUCAAAACUGUCAAUCAGCCAAAAGAAGAGGAAGAAGAAGUAGCCAGCUGAUUCACCACCUCGCGGAAUCACGGUCAGCUGAUCCUUAAUUCGUGUAACCUUGACAGCCACCAAGGAAGACUGUCAAGUAUAUAGAAGCUGAGGCCAGACAGUCAAGAAGCUCAAGUUAGUUUGUCAAGAAGCUCAAACCAGCGCAUAAUAACCUUGACGGACAGUAAAGAACACUAUCCGCAUAUACAGAAACGGAGGCCAGACAGUCAAGCUUAAAACAGCCAAAAGAAGAGGAAGAAGAACCUUGACACCCCUUGACAGCCACCGAAGAAGACUGCCACGUAUAUAGAAACCCCAGGCCAGUCUGUCAAGAAGCUCAGGCCAGUCUGUCAAGAAGCUCAAACCAGUCAGUCAAGAGAAUGAAAGGCUACACAAUGCUGCUGCCCUCCCUGAUGCUGCUGGCGCUGACGUGCUGCAUGCUGAGCCCCGCCCCUGCUGCUGAGGCUGUCACGGUGCAGAAAAGCCCUUUCGUGGGCUGUGAGGUGAAUGCCUUCCCCCCUAACAAAAGCGCUGCCGUGCCCAAGUAUGUGAUCAACCUGAAUCUGGCGCCUCAGGACAGGUGGACGCAGCUCAUCACCGACAAGAGGGACCAGCUGAGGGCCCUGGUGUCGGACAUGAGGAACCUAACUCGUGGGCUGCUCGGCGAUUGGCUCUUCAAUGUCGUCAUAAACAACCUGGACCAUCUCACCACCACCCUGCCGUCCCCUUACCGUGAGGAGGUGGAGGGCAUCAGCAAGGCAUCGGGGCUACUUGUGUCUGAGGUGACCCUGUACAACAUCUUCUACGAGGUGUUCACAUUCUGCACCUCCAUCAUCGGACAGGACGCGAACGGCAAGCUGUACCAUGGAAGGAACCUCGACUUUGGCCUCUUCCUGGGGUGGAACCCCAAGGAGCACACGUGGAAGGUGGCGGAGUUGCUCAAGCCCUUGGUGGUGCAGCAGGAGUGGCAGCGCGACGGCAAGACUGUCUAUGAGUCCGUCAACUACGCUGGCUAUGUGGGGGUGAUGACCGCUGUGAAGAAGGACAAGUUCACCUUCAGCCUGGACGAGAGGUUUGUCAUGGAAGGCGGUUACGUUGGACUGCUGGAAUGGAUGCUGCUGGGUGAUCAUAAGCAGAAAUGGAACGCCUUCAUAACGAGGGAGGUGAUGGAGGGGGCGGAGACGUACGAGGCAGCCAAACACAUGCUCUCCCACACCCGACUCCUGGCACCUGUCUACUUCAUCCUGGGCGGGGCAAAGCCGGGGCAGGGCACCAUCAUCACUCGCUGGCGGGAUAACUUCCACACCGAUGACCUCUCCACCAAACUAUCCACCUCUUCCUCCUCCUCCUCCUCUGCCUGGUUCCUGGUGGAGACAAACUACGACCAGUGGGUGAGUCCGCCCUUCUACGACGACCGACGCACCCCUGCCGUCCACUGUCUCCGGGCCGCUGGGCGGGCAAACAUGUCCCUGCCCCUGCUCUACAAUGUGCUCUCCACACGCCCGGUGCUCAACAAGCUGACGACCUACACCAGCCUAAUGCAGGUCAACAGUGGGGAGAUCGGUGCCUGGCUACGCUCAUGUGAUGACCCGUGCUGGCCAUGGUAGGCUGGGAGGGUCAUUGACUGUGUGAGUCUUCCCCCUCCCCCUUCCCUUCUCUACCUCUUUACUCUUUCUCUAUUUAUUGUCUUCCUCCCUGAUCCUUAACCCUUAAGGUGCGGGGUUGUAUGCCGUGCCUGUCCUCCCACGUGGGCAUAUUCAGGCUAAAACAUACCUCACUUCAACCUUGCAUACCUUUACUGCUACAAAACACACGUGACUGAAUGAAGUAUCAUUGUAAAGUACAUACCCUCACCUGUCCUUUGACGUUAAUUUGAAAUCUAUAUGACCAUUGGUAGAGUGAGUACAGAAUAUUGAAUAAGAUCACUGAAAAUGCAUUAUUAUAGACAGUUUUCCACCCUUAGUGGACUUCCCUUCUAUGAUUUAGUAAUAAAAGGCAUAAACUUUAUACAGUUUAUGUGAAAAACACCCAAAAAAACUUAACUUAUGAGCUUUCCUGAUGUCCUUGAUUUGUUCUGAGGUCAAAUGGCCCCCAUCUUAUUGAUGAAAUUCACUGGAAGGUGAGAGGAGGUGGGAUGUCUAGCGGACAUCUUCUCAAAGCUAACACUGGCAUACACUGACCAAAAAUUAGUCAAGAGAGCAUGGUUGGGUAUUGUUUGAAAGAAAAUGACAUGCUUACUCUACUUCACAAACAAAUUUGUCAACGCGUUAAGUGAAAAACUGGCUUGUCGACUAUUGUCGACACCCACGGUUUGAGUCCAGGCACCAGCCGUUGACAAUUGUCGACACCCGCGCUUUAAGGGUUAACCUCUUUUAGUUUUCUUUUUUUCUUCCUUACUUUCUAUUAUCUCUUCCUUCCAUCUCUUUCUUAUCUCCUUCUGUUAUAUUCCUUUCCUCUUUUCUUCCUUUCUUUCCUUCUCCUUUCCUCUCCAUCCCAUCUCUUUUUCUUCUGUUCCGUCUGUUUCUUCUCCUCUCCAUCUCCUUCCUUCUCCUCUUCCUUACAUUCCAUCCCUUCCAUUUCCUUCCUUUCUUCCAUUCUAUCUCCCCCUUCCAUGUUUCCCUCCAUCUCCUUUCCUUCAUUUUCCUUUCAUCCCCAUCCCUCCCAUCUCCUUGCUUCUCCUCUUCUUCCCAUUCCAUCUUCUUUUUCUUCCUUUUUUUUUCCAUUACUUUCUUUCCAUCUCCUCAUCCUUCCUUUCCAUUUCUUCUUUCCUUGUUCCUUCCCAUCUCCUCUUUCUUCCUUUUUUCCUGUACUUUCUUUCCUCCAUCUUCUCUUCUUUCCUUUCCAUCCUUUCUUUCCUUCUUCCUUCCCCUCUCCUCUUUCUUUCUUUUUCCAUAACUUUUUUUCUUCCAUUUACUCUUAUUUCCUUCUUCCAUCUUCCAUUUCCUCUUCCUUCCCCUUAAGUGUCUUACGGAGGCUGUGACAUGUUAUUAGUGUGGGCUCAGAACUCUUCCCUUCCCUUCACUUCACUUCACUUCACUUCACUUCCCUGCCCUUCCCUUCCCUUCCCUUCCCUUCCUGUUGCAGAAACCAAAGACUGAGACAUGGCAUUGCAUAUAUGAUCACUGAAUGGCUCUCUUAGUGUUACGAAUUGAUGGAUUGCUGGGUUAACUUGGAUGAGGUGGAUUUGAAGUGUAAUGGAUUGGCUGGGAAUGUGUGUGUGUGUGUAUUUACCUUGUUGUAUUUACCUAGUUGUGAAAUACAGGAAAAGAGCUGUACUAGGCUCGUGCUGUCCCGUCUCCAUAACGCUUAUUUUCCAGUUUGGCUUUAAAUUCAUGAAUCGUUUUUGCACACACAGUCUCCUCGUCAAGUUUGUUCCAUGUUGUUAUACUUCUGUAUGGAAAACUGUAUUUCUUGAUGUCUCUCCUACAGAUGCUCUUCUUCAAUUAUUUGCUAUUCCCUCUUGUCUCCCUCCUAUCACGUACCACUAAGUCUUCCCUGUCCAAUUCCUCCAAUCCCUCUUGUAUCCUGUAUAAUGCUAUUAGGUCCCCUCUCUCUCUUCUUCUUUCCAGUGUUGUUAGUCCCAAUUUCUCCAGUCUUUCUUCAUAAGUAUGUUCUCUCAGAGUUUCUGGUAGUCUGGUCGCUGCUCUCUGUAUUCUUUCCAACUUUCUAAUUUCUUUCUUCAAUCUAGGUGACCACACUAAUACUGCAUAUUCCAGUCUUGGAUAUAUCAUCGAUGUUAUUAGUUUCUUCACCAUUUCUUCGUCUAGAUAUGUAAAUGCUGCUUUUAUGUUUCUAAGAAGAUUGUAUGUUUCCCCAGUUAUCCGAUUUAUAUGCUUUCCAAAGUAUAGCUUGUCUGUUAUGACCACUCCCAGAUCUCUUUCCUCUGUUGUGUGUGUGAGUGGAUGUGAAUCUAAUGUGGAUGAGUGGAUAGCAUUGUUAGACUGGUGUCUCUUAGUGUUGCAGUGAUGGGUUAACUUGUAUUAUUAGGUGGAUUUGAAGGUGUGGAUGGAGUGGGUAUAUGUGUGUUUGUGUGUGUGUGGAUAGGAGUGAGUGGCAGUGGUGGGCACCACUAACCAAAAAGUUAGCUUCGCUAACUUGUAGGGUGAGGUGGACACAACCCGUACUACUAGUGGGAAAUAUUCAUUAAAAAUCUGUAUUUGCCCUAACAGGCAAAACAAAGAGUGCAUAAUACUCCUCAGGAAAUGGCCUUCCUUUAUGAGUAUCUGUUGGGCUUCCCCAGAGAAUAUUUUUUCUCCAUAGGAAGGUUUUAUUUUUAUUUCAAUUGCUGAACGGCUUGUGACCAGGGGGUCACGGCUCGUACACGAGGUGUUCACGGCACGUACAAUUUUAUAAAUAAAUUUCUUGUAAAUCUGGCUUUGCACCAAGACUCAAACCCAAAUGCCUAUAGUAAUCCUUAGGCUGUGGGCUUCCUUUGAGGUAUCAGUUUAGAUUGUUUGGACUUCCAAUUAUGCAAGUGAUGACAGUGUUUUAAGUCGUAAUUUUUAGGUGGUUUUCUAUGCUCGUCAAUUGUAACCAGGCCUUACAAUAACAUUCUGCAUCCACCAGCUGUGCGACUCGUGAACUAUGCACAUGUUUGUUUACAAGAUUCCCACGAACACAAAAACUCGGCACAACAAUAUCUUUCCAUGCAAAUAUCUUUUCAAUAUGAUCAUAUUCGCCAUGGAAACCUUCACCAGCAAAGUUAAGACAUAUUCACAAUCACCAUACACUAUACUAUGAGGCGAGAAAAUUGCAUCAGACAACUCGAAAAUUUAAAAACUCGCCUAGCAUUUUCAGGCGUGAGGCUUGCGGCAUGAGAUGGUUGCGUCAGCUGUUGGUGUCUCAUUUUCUUUCUACUGUAGGAAGCGAGACUCUCCUCGAUGAUUUACUUCAACAAGACGGCCUUUGUACGUCUCGUGACCGUGUACGAGUUAUGUCCACCUCACCCUAAUCCACUAACUAAAAAGUUAGCUUUGCUUACGCUAAACCAUUGAACUAAAUAAGUGGGAGCUAACACUAACCAUUAACCGCUAACAUUUUUAUAUGGAUUUAGCUUUGGUUUAGUAUUUUGGCUCUAAAACCCUAAAAAACACACCUAAUGACCUGAAACUUCUAUGUUAUAGCUUAGACAAUAAGUUUCCCAAAUAAUUGUCCAAUUACUCUACUUUAAGGCGUAAUUUUCCGAAAAGUGGAAGCCCUAGAAUCAUUGCGCCAUGUGGCUCAACUGGUGCUGUGUCUGCCCACAACAGACAAGAACAAGCCUCUAUGAAUUUUUAAGUGGACGUAAGUUAGCGGAGGAGGAGCUACAUUUAGCCGAAGCUAGUUGGUCCACUGUUUCCAAAGUUAGCGAAAACGCUAAUCAGCUAACGAAAAUGUUAGCUUUGCUAAUUAGCUGUUAUUGGAUUAGCGGAACCAUGCCCACUACUGGUGAGUGGAUGGGAAACAGGUGGAUGAGUGGAUAGCAUUAUUAGAUAGCUCUCUCUCUCAGUGGAUGUGAAUGGAAGGAUAACAGAACAGGAGUGGAUGGGAGACUUUGGUGGAUAGAAAGGAUAGAAAAAUGGCAGCAAAUAAGAGUGAGGGAAAGAAAGGAAGGAGAGAAUGUGAGGGUGACAAAAAUAAAUGGAUAGAAAAGGGAGAAAAAUGAUACAAUAAAAGAAUAAGGGAAAGGAAGGAAGGAGGGAAGAGAAUGGAGAAUGACAGAAGUAAGAGUGAAUGGAAAAGAAUGAUAGGGAGUGAGAAAGAGGGAAAGAGAGAGAGGGAGGGAGAGAACAGAAAUAUGGUAGAGAGAUAAGAGUGGAUGAAAAUAAACUUAGGGAAAGAGAGAGAGAGGAAUGGAGUGGAGUGUAGCCAUAACCUGUAGUGGAGGGCGUGAGAGAGAGAGAGAGAGAGGAAGGGAGAGAGAAAGGACAGGAUAUGGCACAGAGAUAAGAAUGGGUGAAAAUAAUGUCAGGGGGUGAGGGAGAGGAAGAGAGCGAGGGAGGGGAAGGAGGGAGAGGAAAGAGGGAGAGAAGAUAAUGGAGAAGGAAGGAGUAAGGGAAAAGGAAUAAAAAAGGAAUAACACAGAGAAACAAAAACAAAACAAAAAUGAGGAAGAAAGUAAUGAAAUAAUAAACCCAAGAGGAGUAGGAGAAAGUAGAAAUGAAAGAGAGAGAGAGAGAGAGAGAGAGAGAGAGAGAGAGAGAGAGAGAGAGAGAGAGAGAGAGUUAUAUAGAGAUAAGAGAAGAGAAAAACUAAAACAUAUGAAAAAAGAAAAAUGAGGAGAAGGAGAUAUGGAAAGAAAGAGUAGGAGGGAGGGAAGAGAAUAGGAGAAGGAAGAAGAAAGGGAAGGGAAGUGAAAAAGGAAUAACAGAGAAACUUAAAUGAAGAAGAAAAGAAAGAAAACUGAGAGUGGGAGGAAAUACUGAAAGACUUUAGAAUUUAGCAUCAAAAUAUGUCUCUAAGAAGACUAAGAAAAAGGGAAGGGAAGAAGAUGGGAGAAAGAGUAAAAGGAGUGAAGUAAAAAAGGAAUAACACACAAACCAAAACAUAAUAAGAAGAAAAGAAAAAAAAAGAGAAGAAGAAAUCAAAACCCUUUAUUUAGAGUUUAAUAUCAAAAUCAUGCACCUAAGAAGAGAGGGUUGGAGGAGGGGAAGAGAAGAGAAACGAAGGGAGAAAGAGUGAGGGGAGUGAAGUGAAAAGGAAUAAGAAAGAAUAUGAAGAAGAAUAGAAGUAAAAAAGAGAGAGGGAAAGAAGAAAUCAAAACCCUUUAUUUAGAGUUUAGUAUCAAAAUCAUGCACCUAAGAAGAGAGGGUUGGAGGAGGGGAAGAGAAGAGAAAGGAAGGGAGAAAGAGUAAGGGGAGUGAAGUGAAAAGGAAUAAGAAAGAAUAUGAAGAAUAGAAGGAAAAAAGAGAGAGGGAAAGAAGAAAUCAAAACCCUUUAUUUAGAGUUUAAUAGCAAAGUCAUGUACGUAAGAAGAGAGGGAGGGAGGGAGUGAAGGCUUUUAAAAGUAUUAUUUAUAGAACUUAAGGCAACAUUAUUUUACUAUGCAGGGAACUUACCAUUGAUCAUAGAGUUAGUUGAUGUUAGUUUCUUUUUGUAUAUCAUUUACAGAGAAGGAGGAGGAGAGAGGAGAGAUAGAGAGAAAAAGGAGAAGAGAGAUGAAGUGUAGGAAGAAAGGAGGGAGGAAUAGAACAGAGGAGGAGGAGAACACAGAUAAAGAAAAGAAAGGAGAAUAAGCAGAGGAGAGAUGAGGAUAGAUAAUGAAAGGAGAGAAGGUGGAGAGAGAGAGAGAGAAGAAAUGAAGGUUGGAAAGAAAGGAAGAAGGAAUGGAACAGAGGAGGAGGAGAAAACAGAUAAAGAAAAGAAAGGAGGAGGAGGAGAGGAGAGAGGAAAGAUGAUGGAUAGAAAGAAAGAAGAGAAGGAGAAGGAGAGAGAAAAAUGAAGGUUAGGAAGAAAGGAGGAUUAGAAUAGAGGUCAGUUCAGUAAGGGGGAGAAAAUAAAGAGAGAAAGAAAGGAGAGAGAAGAUAUUAGAAGUAGAAAGAAAGGAGAGAGAAGAUAUUAGAAGUAGAAAGAAAGGAGGGAGAGAUGAGGAAGAUAAAGAAAGGAGAGGAGCAGAGAGAUGAUAGAUAAAAAGAGAUUGAAGAUUGAGAGAGAGAAAGGAGGAAGGGUAGAAAGAAAAGAGAAAUGGAAGAGAGAGAGAGGAGAAUUGAGGAUUAGAAAGGAAAGAGGAGAAAACAGAUCAAGAAGAAGGUGGAGAUAGGAGAAAACAGAUAAAUAAAAAAAGGAAGGAAUAUGAAGAGAGGAGAUAUAGACGAUUAGAAAGAAAGGAGGGAUGAAAUAGAAGGAAAAAACAAGUAAAGAAAGAAAGGGGGAGGAGGAGGAGAGGAGAAAACAGGUAAAUAAAUAAAGGAAAGAAUAUGCAGAGAGGAAAAAUGAGGGUUAAAAGUAAGGAGGGAUGAAGUAUAAGCCAGUUUAGGUUAUGUAUUAGUCGAUAAGGUUUACUAAGGAGUCAUAUACAGUAAUACCCUGGUUUACAAGUGUACUGAUUUACGAGCAAAAAAAAAAAAACUAAAAAUGCCAUGGUUUCCGAGCAGUGACUUGGUGUACGAAUAUCCUGUUUGCACGAGUUGAAGACGUAAGCGUGGGUUCCCUUUGUUUGCUGCAAGACGAGAGCACUCAGAGCGGAAAACAGUGGGAAUGGAGUCUCAGUCAGCUUUGUACACUUGCAGAGGUAGCACCUGCACACUUGUGUCCACUUACGUUUGUGCUCUAAUGUGCGAUCUUUAGGGUUUCAGCACAACACUUACUUACAGUUUUCGAUUACGAGUUUUUUGAUUUGUGAGCAAAAUUCCGGAACGAAUUAAGCUCGUAAACCAAGGUAUGGCUGUACAUAUCUUCUUAGCCUCGUUUGUGCUGUUGAGGGAAGCUAAAGUCUGUGAUUCGUGCCUGACAGUGAGUGCUGUCUGUGAUGUGUUCAGUUGACGCGUGAGUUGACGGACAGAUUGACUGGCUGGCUGUGCAGAUUUGAGUCAAUUUCUAGUACUGGUUGAGAAUCCCUUAUCCGGAAUUUCUGGGACUGAAAGUGUUGGGGAUUUCAGACUUUGGAGGCUUUUGGAUUUCGGAAUUUCAGAUAAAGGAUUCUCAACCUGUACUACAUUCUCCAUUAAAAAGACAAAUUAGAAUGUUAUGUACCCUAAGUUUGUGUGUGUGUGUGUAUUUACCUAGUUGUAUUUAUCUAGUUGUAGUUUUACAGGGCCUGGGCUUUACGCUCGUGUGGUCCCGUCUCUGUAUCUACAUUUAUCCAACUUUUCCUUAAAGCUUUGCACAUUAAUCGCCGAUACUACAUCCUUACUUAGUCCGUUCCAAACCUUUAUAUUUCUUUGCGGGAAGCUAUAUUUUUUUAUGUCUCUCAAGCAUCUUCCCUUCCUCAAUUUUUUAUUAUGUCCUCUUGUGUUCCUGGUGGUAACUUCUUCUUGAUGAUGGUAUGUAUGUGUGUGUGUGUGUGUGUGUGUGUGCGGAUUUAGCAGUAGUUUCCUCUUUCUGUAAUCUUUAGCCCUGCAUGGUGUUAAAAAUAAGGUGACAAAUUAUUAUUCUUGUCAUUAUUAUUAUUAUUCCUAUUUUUAUUACUAUCAUUUCCAUAACCAUUUCGUGUGCUGUGUGCAAAUAUAGCUUAAGUUAGAGCCUUACAUAAGAUGCUCUCCAUUAUUAUUACUUUAUUAUUACUAUUAUUCUCAUUAUUACCAUGUAUUGUGUGGGUUUAUUAAUGUAUAUUCUACCCAAGUCAUGCAUAGAACAGCCCUUGAGACGAGGUUUUUCGUACCACAACACACACACAGAGACAGACUUCAAGGUGUUAUGCAUUCAGAACCAGUAAAUAUGUCUUGUUUGUUUUGUUAAGUAAAGUUAAGGAAGUAUUAAAGUCUUGUUGAAAUAAAAUGAUUAGCAUAGUCUAAAUGGUGAAAAAAUUAGUUUGUAUAGGAAAAAAUGUGUUCAUGAAAUUCCAAGAGAGUGAAGUCUUGUUUGUUGAAGUAAAUGGUUUGGUAUAAUCUUUAAGCUGAAAAAAAGUUUGUACAGUGGUACCUCGUAAUUCGAACUUAAUUGGUUAAUUUGGGCUGUUCGAGUUAGGAAGCAAUUUAUCCCAUUGAAAUGAAUGUAGAAAAAAUUAAUCCGUUCCAGGCCCAAAAAUCCUUAUAUUUUUUAAACAUUUUUAUGGGUUUAUGUUGUGCCCUGUAGCCAGAUCACUCAAAUAUUGUCAACCAGAUAUAUAUUUGGUUGUCAACUAAAUAUUGCCAACACAUGUAAAUGCAUUUUGUGUGGGGAAAUGGAGGAGAGGGAAGGGAAGGACACAGAUGUAAGAUCAUGGAAAAUAUCCAACUGAUUCACCGGCGCUACGCACAGAUUUCCUGGAGUAAAAUAUUGAAAGGCUGUCCUCCUGGACGGCCAGGAGUGCGCAGGAAAAAAUGGCAGUCUCGGGUUGGUGUUUUUUGAGGCUGGAGUCCGCGGUAUCACAUUCACCAACCUGGCUACGCUGGUGGCUUUGUCUGCAGCCGUUUGUUUGUGUUCGAAUUGGAGGACAAAAUUUGUUUGAGAAAUGUGUUCGAAUUGAAAGGCGUUCGAAUCACGAGAUACCACUGUAUAAGAAAAAGUUGUUUAUGUAAUUCCAACAGAGUAAAGUGUUGUUUGUUAAAGUGAAAAGAUUAGCAUAAGCUGAAAAGAGUUUGUACAUGAAAAAAAAGUGUUAGUCAUAUAAUUCCAACAGAGUAAAGUCUUAUUUCUUAAUGUAAAAAGAUAAUCAUGGAGUCCUAAGCUAAAAAGAGUAUGGAUAAAAAAGUUAAUAAAAAAGUUUUCGUCACUCUGUUGACUCCAACAGCGUAUAUAACCAAUAUAUCCACCAAUCAGCCUGUCAGUCCCUGGAGGAAAAAGCUCGCCACUAAGUCAGGUUUAGAGUGAGGGGGGUUGAUCCUCUCAUCCACAAGGGAGCAUAUCAGCUUUCUCUUUUUGUUACCCUUAAGCUGCUUCCAUUACUGCAAAUCUGUACUCUUUUUAAUAAGGGCAGUGAUUAGUGGACUCUUUUGUCUAAGUUAUUUUUUUGCCCUUUAGCUGUUUCCUUUACUGCAAAUAAGAAUAUGUCCUUAUAAGCACUCAAACCAAAUUAGUCUCCAUGAUGAUCAGGUUUUUCGAUUCAGCACCCGACAGAUUUCGUGUAUAAUUUCCUCCAAUUUCUUUCAUUUUAUUGUCACCUCUAACUGGGGACAUUAUUGUAACCUUCUUGUUCCUCAUCACCCAUGGACUGGGGUUACUAACACUCCCACCCACCCUUGUAGUGUUGUGUAGCCACCGCACCUGAAAUGUCAUCAAUAACCACAUGUAAACAGAGGAAUAAAGAAUGUAUUAGAGGCUCA